AUGCAAAGGUGGACACUAUGGGCUGCAGUCUUCCUGACCUUCCACUGGGCACAGGCCUUUCCACAAACAGACAUCAAUAUCAGCCCAGCCCUGCCAGAGCUGCCCCAGCCUUCCCUGUGCCCCCUGUUCUGGAUGGAGUUCAAAGGCCACUGCUAUCGAUUCUUCCCUCUCAAUAAGACCUGGGCUGAGGCUGACUUCUACUGUUCUGAGUUCUCUGUGGGCAGGAAAUCCGCCAAGCUGGCCUCCAUCCACAGCUGGGAGGAGAAUGUCUUUGUGUAUGAUCUCGUGAACAGCUGUGUUCCUGGUAUCCCAGCUGACGUCUGGACAGGCCUUCAUGAUCACAGACAGGAAGGGCAGUUUGAAUGGACUGACGGCUCAUCCUACGACUACAGCUAUUGGGAUGGCAGCCAGCCAGAUGAUGGCAUCCACGCGGACCCAGAAGAAGAGGACUGCGUGCAGAUGUGGUACAGGCCUAGCAGUGCUCUGAGGUCAUGGAAUGAUAACACCUGCAGCCGAAAGUUCCCCUUUGUCUGUAAAAUCCCGUCUCUGGCCAUUCAUUGAUCCUGUCUUGUCCUACUGGUGUGAGCUCAACUCCAGUAUCACCUUGUAGCUGUACCCAGUGUAGAAUUGAAACUAAAUACAUGUAAAACAUACAUAGGAGAUAAAUCUCUUGGAUAGAGAUUUUAAACAAGCAGAUCUUAAUUAUACAGGGUGGUGACUUGGCCAAGUGACAGGAAAUUAUACAGGGUAGUGACUUGGCCAGUUCAAAUUGGCUUAAUUAAUUUUUU